UGGAAAGAAACGCAGCCGCAUCUUCUUGUCUGGUGGUUGCUGAGCCUUACUUCAUCGGAGGAAGGAGGAAGGAGGAAGGGGAGACUUCAUCGGGGAAAUGGAGGAGGAGGAGAUAAAUCUGGCCGGCGCCGGCGGAGGGGAGGUGAAGCAGGAGGUGGGGGAGGAGGAGGAGAUCGAGUUCGAGCCGACGGAGGACGAGCUGGUGCUGCACUUCCUGCGGCCGCAGCUGCGCGGGUUCGCGCCGCGCGUGGCGGGCGCGGUGGUGGAGGCGGACCCGUGCGCGUCGCCCCCCUGGGAGCUGCUGGCGCGGCACGGCCUGCUGCGGCGCGGGCACGGCUACUUCUUCGCGGCGCGGCGGCGCGGGAAGGUGCGGCGCACCCCGGAGGGCGGCGGCGGCGCGUGGAUGCACAGCGGCAACAAGGAGGACCGCCGGUCCGUGACGGAGCUGGGCGUGGUGGCGCGCUGGACCAUGACGCGGUACUGCUUCUACCUCCGCGGCGGCGACGGGGCGCAGCAGGGGCGGCGGAGCACCGGGUGGGUGAUGUCCGAGUACGAGAUCACGGACCCGCGGUGCUACCGCCGCGCCGACGACGGCGAGGAGGACCAGUACUGGGUGCUCUGCCACGUCCGCCGCAGCAUCAGGGAGAACGUCAAGCCGCGCUCCCGCAGGCGGUAGCGGGUCAGUAUUACUCAGCAGGCUGCCGCGCCUCGGCUCGGUCGCCGGCCGGCGCAAGCCCGUGUCAGUUCGUCCUCGUCGUUCGUCGCUAAGUCGCCAUGUGUGUGAUCUGAUCUGCCAUGUCCGUCUGUCGGUGCGCGGCACACUGUCUGUAUUUAAGCAGAAUUUGGUCCCUUGGAUUUUGCUGGCUUUUGCCAGAGUGUACUGCUCUGCCGUUUGCAAGUCUAAAAAUAUGUCAAAUUUUUUUC